AUGGACGAUUGCGCGUUGGCCGGCCGGCGCAGCCUGGGCUUGCCCACGCCGACGAGUCUCUCGGCCGGAGGCUGGGCACCCGGCGUUCGGCAAGCACCCCUCUCGGCGAGCCAGCCUCCCGACCGAACAGCCUCCCGACCGGCGACAUGCCCGCCGAAACACACACCGCCCCCAUCGGCCGGAGUCUUGGCUCCGGACUCGCCACGCACAAUGCGGGCCCGCAUCUGGGGGGGGGGCCCGAGCAGAGAGGGCGCUGCGGUCGAGACAGACGAAAGUGGGGCCCAGAACGACUCUCGGGGCCGGACAGACACCGCCCGUGGCCUUGGACGCCGGCCGAUAAAACCUGAGCCCCGCUCAUGCGCUGCGUCUCCAGGCCGAGGCUCUCGAGAAUCAGAACACGAAACGACGCGCGGGAGCCACAGACCGCCCUCGGAUCAUGCCACGCGAUGGGACAUCGCGGGAUCAGCACAGCGUCGACGGCUUGCAACACCCACAGGCUUUCUCGCCUCGAUCCGCCUGGAUCUGUACAAGCGUAUCGCGGAGAAGUUACUGAAGGUGGCCACGUUCAACAUCCGCUAUUCGCCGCUGACUGCAAACAACACGGUCUCGACGCAAGGCUCGCUGAACGGGACGGGCGAGGCCUCCUGGGCCCGUCGUGUGCCGCUGAUAGUCGACCAGAUCAAGUGGGAGGCCCCGGACAUCGAAGUCCUCGAGCAUCAGUACAUCGACCUCAAGGACCAGCUCAUCCCAAGCCAGUACGCCUCGGUCGGCGUCGGCCGGAACGACGGGGUGACCCGCGGCGAAUACGUGCCCUUGUUUUGGAAGACCGACCGCUUCAAAGCUCUCAGCGUUAACUAUUUCUGGCUCUCCGAUAAGCCCGACCUGCCCGGCUCUCGAGGCUGGGAUGCCGCUGAACCGAGGAUGGUCACUUUGCUCACCUUGCAACCGCGAGCGACUGGCCAGAGCCAGGACGACCCCUCCAAUCUGCCCUUUUUCGUCAUGAACACUCACUUCGACAACGCCGGCGUGAAAGCGCGGACUGAAUCGGCGAAACUGAUCUUGAAGAAGGCGAACGAGUUGACGGCUGCGAAAGGACAGCCGGUGCUGUUGAUGGGGGACUUGAACUCGCCGCGGGAAGAGACGGCGUACCAGGUGCUGACUGGGAAGGCCGCAGACCAGCCUGCGCACCGGGCGACGGACCAAUUCUUCAAAGAUUGCGGCGCAGAGGUCGGCCGGCCCUUCGGAGCCCACAACGCGACCUUCACCGGCUUCCAGCACGACCCCGAGGACGCCAUGAAGAUCGACUACAUCAUGACUAUGUCCGCGCCCCCUAACCUCUGGCAAGCCGUCAAGUACGGCGUCAUCCCUAAUCAGUUCCAGAACGAAUCGAUCGCCAGCGACCAUCGCAUGGUGUCUGCUGUCAUCCAAAUCGUUUAA